UGAAAUUCUUUAUCAUAUUCAUAUGAAUAGUCCAAACUGAGCAAAUCUGGUACAUUCAAGAAAACGAGCUAAGUGCCUAAAUGGUAGACUUGGGCUCAGUUUUUUUCAAAGGCUGAGCACACAGCCCAGCCGGCCGGCGAUCCUCGACCUUAUCUUGCGUGCGGCUGCUGCGCGUCAAUAAUGGAACUACGUUCGAGAUCGCGGCGAACGAACAGACGCUCGGCGCGGAUCGGAUCGGAUCGGAACGAUAACAACUACGGUGCAGCCAUCCACGAGCCGCGCCCGCCACUCGUUGCCGAACGGCCGCCCCGGCAGCAGCGCCCGGUCAAACGACGCCGCCGUAGCCCCGUGGCCCGUGCCGCGGGGCAAAUCCGUCCAACCAACCACCGCGCAGUCCUCCCAUCCGUACCGCCACCGCGCCACGCGUCCUCCUAGCGUCUGCGCGCGUGUAUAUAAAUCCUCCCCCACCUCCUCUGCCGGGCCCCCCUCUCUGAUCUCUCUCUGCAGUCUGCACCGCGCCCGCCGCCGUGCCGGUGCCGGCCGGCCGCCAUGAGGAAGCCGACGAGGCGCUCGAGCUUGGUAAAGAAGGGCAGCGGCGGCAGGACGACGGCCGUCCUGCUGGCAAAGCAGGAGCUGGUGCUGGGCCACGGCGGCGGCGUCGACGCAUUCGACCGGCUCCCCGACGACCUCGUGCUCGCCGUGCUCGCCGGGGUCGCAGCGUGCGCCGCGGGCCCCGCCGACCUCGCCGCGGCGGCGCUGACGUGUAGGAGGUUCCGGGAGCUCGCGGCGCACCCCGCGGUGCUGUCGCGGGCGUCGGCGGCGGCCGUGUCCCUGCGCGCGGGGAGGUGGUCGGAGGCGGCGCACCAGUUCCUGCGGCGGUGCGCGGCCGCCGGCAGCCUCCACGCCUGCUACUUCCUCGGCAUGGUAACCUCAGCCACGGCGACAUCCUCUGUAGUCUGUACUGCUAUGCUUCUUGGUCCGCGCUGGCCUCUGUUUGCUGACGCCGCCAGCUCAUACCAUCACCAGGUGAGGUUCUACUGCCUCGGGAGCAGGGCGACGGGGGCGGCGCUGCUGGCGCGCGCGGCGUCCGGCGGGCACGCGGCGGCGCUGUACGCGCUGGCCGUGCUGCAGUUCAACGGCAGCGGCGGCGGCAAGGCGGACAAGGACCCGCGCGCCGGCGUGGCGCUGUGCGCGCGCGCCGCGUGGUUGGGACACGUCCCGGCGCUCCGCGAGCUCGGCCACUGCCUCCAGGACGGCUAUGGCGCGCGCCGCGACGCCGCGGCAGGGCGCCACCUCCUGCUCCACGCCGCGGCGCGCGAGCUCGUCGCUAUCUCGUCAGCGCGCUGCCGUCGCGGCGGCCGCCGCGCCGAGGACGGCGACGACGCGGCCAGCCGGUUCAUGGUGGAGUGGUGGGCGCUGUCCGCCGCCAAGAAGUCCGCGGCAGCGACGGGAGAAGGCGACGGCGGGAACGACGCGGCCGAGCUGCGCCUGUGCUCGCAGGCGCCGUGCGGGCGGCGGGAGACGCGGCGGCACGAGUUCCGGCGGUGCUCGGCGUGCGGGUCCGCCAGCUACUGCUCGCGCGCGUGCCAGGCGCUGGACUGGAAGCGCGCGCACCGCGGCCAGUGUGGGGCCGCCGCCGCCCGCUGGCUCGCCGCCGGGGACGCGUACUGAACGCACGCUAGCCGCCGCUCGACGACGACACAUGCGGCGCACAUGUACAUAUUUGUGCAUACCUAGGUGCGGUAGCAAUUGUGUAGGGAUUAAGUUACUAGAAAGACCUUAUUCCAUAAUCACCACUAUAGAAAUUUCUAAAUAUUUAUUUGUUUUUGUUUAUUUUUGAAUCAAUCAGUAGUUUGGGAUGAUAAUGAUUAGUGAGUUUGUUUAAA